UGGUUGAGAUGGAGGAUUUCAGCCUGAUGAAGCAGCAUCUUCAAGAAAAGGAAGAACUCAUUAGUACUUUGCGUGCUGAGCUUAGGCAGACACAAGAAGAGCAAGAUGCACAGCUGGAGGAACUGAAGACCCUGCAGCAGCAGUACUUACUGAGGAAUCGGGAGGUCAUUGAGCUACUGCCACUGAAGGCUCAGCUCCAGGAGUAUCAAGAGCAGGCAGAAACCAUGCAGAUGAUGCAGGAGGAACUUAGGCGGGAAAGCCUGGCCUGGCAGCAAGAGCUACAUCAGCUCAGGCUGGGGCAGAGUGAAUGGAAUCCGCCGCCCCAGACUCCUACGAUUGGUACCGGUGGCUCUCACGAAACAUCUGUAUGGAUAGAUGUCCCAGACAGCAGCUGCCGAAGGACCCCCAGCACUGCUAUUUGGAAGAGGGUUCUGAGACCAUUCUAA